AUGUUGGAUCACAACAAUGUUCCCAAACUCAUGGACUUUGGACUAGGUAUAUCUCUUCCUCAAGGACAAGCACAUGUGGAGGAUGCUGUUAUAGGGAGAAUAGGGCUCUCAGCUCCCGAGUAUGUGACCACAGGUUAUUUAACGGAGAAGGCUGAUGUUUAUCUUUUUGGAAUGCUUCUACUUGAGCUUUUAGGUGGAAGGAAGCUAACAAUUGUGGAGCGUAAUAUACUGGAUACUGAUGAGAAGCACUGUGCUGAAAUAUUCAGUAGUUUUGUGGAUCCAAGAAUGUAG